GAUAAAAAUCGCAUCCGUCGGGCUGGUUGGUGUCGCCCUUGUGUGAUCUGCCUCCACAAGCAAGCAAUAUCCCCCAACUCAAAGCUAAGCAAUACCGUCCAGUACGCGCCCUCUGCAACGGCUGACCGUCCAGUACGCGCACAGCGCCUCCCCCGCCUCUCCGCCAUCUCGACACCGAUGUCCCGCCUCCACCUCCUCCGCCGCCGCUGCUCCACCUCCAUUUCCACCUCGCCGCCUUCACGCUCCUGGUCUCCCCGCGCUGCCUUUGCCGCUGCCACAGAGCGCGUCCGCGCCGGGACGCUCAGCCCGGAAGACGCACACCACCUGUUCGACCAAUUCCUGCGGCAGUCCACCCCAGUCCCCGAGCGCUCCCUGAAUGGAUUCCUUGCCGCCCUCGUCCGUACGCCGGCCUCAGAAUCCUGCAGAGACGGGCCCUCCCUCGCCCUCGCCCUCUUCAACCGUGUCUGCCGAGAAGAAGCCGGCCUGCGGGUGGCGCCGCCCACCAUCUUCACCUACAACAUCCUCAUGAACUGCUGUUGCCUGGCGCGUCGCCCGGACCUAGGACUUGCCUUUUUCGGCCGCCUCCUCAGGACUGGCCUGAAGACAAACCAGAGCUUCGCCAACACCCUCCUCAAGUGCCUCUGCUGCGCAAAACAGACAGACGAGGCUGUCAGCGUGCUGCUUCAUAGGAUGUCCGACCUCGGCUGUGUGCCUGAUGACUUCUCAUACAACACAGUUCUAAAGAGCUUGUGUGAAGAUAGCAGGAGCCGGCGAGCGCUCGACCUGCUCCAGAUGAUGGCGAAAGAAGGAGGUGUCUGCUCCCCUGAUGUGGUCACAUAUAACACAGUCAUCCAUGGCUUCUUUAAGGAAGGUGAAAUAGGCAAGGCCUGCAAUCUAUUCCAUGAAAUGAUGCAGCAAGGGGUUGUGCCUAAUGUGGUGACAUAUAACUCGAUUAUCGAUGCAUUGUGCAAGGCCCGAGCAAUGGACAAUGCAGAGUUGUUCCUUCGCAUGAUGGUUGAUAACGGUGUUCCACCAGAUAAGGUGACAUAUACUAGCAUGAUCCAUGGAUAUUCCACUUUGGGCGGAUGGAAAGAGGCAACUAAAAAGUUCAGAGAAAUGACAAGCAGGGGUCUUAUACCAGGUAUUAUCACUUGGAACUCGUUCAUGGACUCCCUCUGCAAGCAUGGAAGAAGCAAAGAAGCUGCAGAAAUUUUUCAUUCCAUGUCUGCAAAGGGCCACAAGCCUGAUAUCAUCUCCUACACCACUCUUCUUCAUGGGUAUGCCAAUGAAGGAAGCUUUCCUGAUAUGAUGAGUCUCUUUAAGUCAAUGGAAGGCAACGGUAUUGUAGCCAACUGCCAAGUUUUCAACAUAUUAAUUGAUGCAUAUGCUAAACGAGGAAUGAUGGACGAAGCUAUGCUCAUAUUUACCGAAAUGCUAGGACAAGGAGUCAAUCCGAGUGUAAUCACCUACUCAAUUGUGAUAGCUGCACUUUGCAGAAUGGGUAGGCUGGCCGAUGCUAUGGAUACGUUCAGUCAGAUGAUUUCUGUUGGAAUGAAACCGGACACAGUUGUUUAUCAUUCCCUAAUUCAGGGUUUCUCUACACAUGGCGAUUUGGUCAAAGCGAAAGAACUGAUAUAUGAAAUGAUGAACAACGGUAUUCCUCGUCCAAACAGUGUAUUCUUCAGUUCAAUAGUAAACAGUCUAUGCAAAGAGGGGAGGGUUGUGGAUGCACAUCAUAUCUUCGACUUGGUUAAAGACUUAGGUGAGAGACCUAACAUCAUUAUGUUUACUACGCUGAUUGACGGAUAUUGCUUAGUCGGUGAGAUGGACAAAGCAUUCAGAGUACUUGAUGCCAUGGUAUUAGCUGGCGUUGAGCCUGAUGUCGUUACAUAUAGUACACUUGUCAAUGGCUAUUGUAGUAAUGGAAGGAUCGAUGAUGGGUUGAUUCUGUUCAGAGAAAUGUUGCAUAAGAAAGUUAAACCUACAACUGUUACAUAUAACAUCAUACUGGAUCGAUUAUUUCGUGCCGGGAGAACAGUUGCUGCAAAGAAAAUGCUCCAUGAGAUGAUCGGAAGUGGAACACCUGUGAGCAUGCAUACAUACGGCAUAUUUCUUAGAGGACUUUGUAGGAAUGAUUGCACCGAUGAAGCAAUUGCCCUGUUUCAAAAAUUAGGUGCACUGAAUGUGAACUUCGAUAUUACAAUACUCAAUUCCAUGAUUAAUGCAAUGUACAGGGUUCAGAGAAGAGAAGAAGCUAACAAGUUGUUUGCUGCUAUAUCAACCAGUGGGUUGGUACCUAAUGCUUCCACUUAUGGAAUCAUGAUCAGAAAUCUUCUAAAAGAGGGAUCAGUGGAAGAAGCUGAAGACAUGUUUUCAUCAAUGGAGGAGAGUGACUGUGCUCUCAGCUCUCGUCUUAUAAAUGAUAUCAUUAGAACAUUAUUGGAAAAGGGGGAUAUAGUCAAGGCCGGAAAAUACAUGUCUAAAGUUGAUGAAACGAGCAUCUCACUUGAAGCUUCAACUAGUUCGUUGUUGUUGUCUCUCUUUUCCGGGAAAGGGAAAUGUCGGGAACAAAUAGAAUUGCUCCCUGCAAAGUACCAAAUUUUCGAUGGAAUCAGUUGAUGCACUGGACUUAGCAGAUAAGCCUUGUCAUGGUUCGGAGUUUCCUCUCAAUGAGCUGGGUGAUGGUGCCACCAUGGUGUUCUGGGCUGGUGCUUAGCCACUAGGCGUGCAUCCUAUGGGCAUUGUUCCUAUUCUGCAAACCAUCUCUACACAAGGGCUGUCUCGUGCGUGAUGUGUUUGCUAAUGGUGAAAAUUUACUAAUAUUCAGGAGCAAUUCGCAGCAGAUGCUAACACUGAGUUUAUCGAGCUCUUGCUACUGUAUCAGGCUAUUUUGAGUUCUCUGAACCUGAGCAUAUCUAGCGCAUUUUGGGCUGAGGGUAAUUAUAAUGAAAUCGAUGGACUAUUCUACGUUAUCAAGCUAUUUGGAUUUCUCUGAACCUCCAGUACCAACAACUUGCAAUGAUGGAGAGCUAUUGAAACGUGUGUAUAUAAACUCGGAACCUUCAUUCAAUCUCCUGUACGUCCUCCGGUUUAUGAUGAACGAAAAAUUGUUAUAAGAGAAGACAAGAAUGAGCAUGGUAUAAUGGUCUUCUGUAUACAGCUUUAGUUGUAGCACUACCAUGAAAAUUAAUGACGUUCCUUCAAAUUCAACUUUAGUUGUAUUUUUUUAUGGUUUGCAAUUUUUAUGUGUGGACUAUUUUAUAUAGCCCUGUGUACAGCCCUCUUUCCUUCAAAUUCCUAUGUUCAAUUUUUUGUACUUCAAGCAAGUUUAGUAAUUACUAAUAGUGAUCUGAAUAGAGGUGAGCUUGAGUUCUUCAAAAACAGCUGCCGCCAUGAACCCAUUUCUGCAUGGUCUGAAUAGAAAGAAGCCAGGCUAUCAGAUUCAGUUGGCCACUCUGUUCCCGCCAAUACGCUCCAUGAGUUGAUGGCCAUGUAAAUUCCUACUCCCUCCGUCCCAUAAUGUCAAAAACGCUCUUAUAUUAUGGGACGGAGGGAGCAGUUGAUAACAUAGAUCCAUUAGCUCCAUAUAUAACAGGUUAAUAUCA